GUCGUUUUUCGUUCAGGCGUGUUCGGCCCGGAGCGCAGCAUGGCGGAUCGACUGCACGGCUUCGACCAGCCCACGGUGUGGCACGAGUUCACGCCGCUUGCGCUGCAACAUGGCUCUAUCAACCUCGGCCAAGGCUUUCCCGACUGGCCCAUGGAGGCCAUGUUCAAGGCCCACGCUCGCCAUGCGAUCGACAUGGACUUUAACCAGUACGCGCGCCCGCAAGGCCACUUGCGUCUCGUCCGAGCUCUCGCUGCGAGGUACUCCAAGCAGCUGCACCGACCAAUCGAGGCGACGACCGACAUUGCGAUCGGGGUCGGCGCCACCGAAGUCAUGUACAGCGCCCUCAUGGGCUUACUUUCGUCGCCAGACGACGAAGUGGUCGUGCUCGAGCCGGCCUUUGACAUCUACGCGGCCCAAGUCCAAAUGGCCGGCGGGCGCUGCAAGUUUGUGCCACUGCGCUGUGACGCGGCGCAGUUUUACCUGGACGGCGACGCAGUCGAGGCCGCAUUCUCUGCCCAUACACGGGUCUUGAUCAUCAACAGCCCACACAACCCGACGGGCAAGGUCUUUACCGAGGCCGAGCUUGCGCGCCUUGCGGUCAUUGUUGCCCGGUAUCCCCGGGUCGUCGUGCUCUGCGACGACGUGUACGAGCACAUGGCCUUUGUGCCCUACCCUCGGUUCGCCAACCUCCCGGGGAUGUACGAGCGUUGCAUCACCAUCUCAUCCGCGGGCAAAACCUUCUCCGUGACGGGCUGGAAAAUUGGGUGGGCUGUCGGGCCCCCGGCGCUCGUCCAGCGCAUCCAUCUUGCCAACAACUGGAUCCAAUUCAGCGUUGCGACACCGCUUCAGGAGGCGGUGGCGGCCAUGCUCGAGCAGGCCGACGAGCCAUUUCAGUCGCACGACUCGUACUUUGUAAGCGUUGCUGCGCGCCACCAAGCGGGGCGGGACCUCCUCAUCGCCGCCUUUCAAGCCCUCGGGCUCGACGUCGUUGUCGCUGACGGCGGCGCCUUCCUUCUCGUCAACAUUGCCAACGUCGAGAUUCCGGCGAAGUACCUGGAAAACGGGUCGCGCGACUAUGCGUUUUGCCGGUACCUCACGAUUGAGAAGCGCGUGACGGCGAUUCCCGUCAGCGCCUUCUACUGCGAGAAGCACAAGGCGCUCGGACACAACUACGUGCGCUUCGCGUACUGCAAGGAGACGUCGACGCUUCAGAGUGCCAUUCAGCGCCUCCAGUCGCUCGUCGUAACGUCGCCCGCCCACUAAGAGUCCUAGUAGACUACGAGCAAUUCGACGAGCCAAUCAGAACCUCGUAAGCGACAAAGUCAUUCAGUAGAUAAGUUGCUCGAGUGGCAGCUAAUCGCAUGUUAUAAUGACGCGGC